CCUGUUCCCCAUGUAUGUAAAUCCACCAUCCUCUACCCUGCAGUGCUUCCUUAGUGUAUGUACAUGCAAACUGGCCAGUUAAUAAGAUGCGUCAGUCAAAAUAUAGGUUAGUAGCCAGCUGAACAUUACUCACGUACCUUAUUCAGGUAUUCACCCUUCUGACUCCCACGUUCUACAUACGUUCUACGCUCCACGAUACUUGUAGAUCACAAGUCACAAGUGUUUCUAUUUCUAUUUUGGGAAUGUUCAGUUAGGUAGGAUUUAAUAUCCAACCUACAGGCAAAUAAAUAAAUAAAUAAAACUCCCCUACCUCCCCCCAUACCUAUUCCAUUUUCCUCUUUCCUUUCUAGUAUCUCCCCAUCGAUAACAUCUCGUCCAUCUCGUCUGUCUACCGGCUUCCCUUUCUCGAGCUUAUCACCCAUACCGCCAAGCUAUUAUCGAACGAUACCUUUCGUACUUAAGCUGGAAGCCAGCAGCUUUUGAUACUCUUCUCUCUUCCUCCUCAAGCUAUACCUACCCUCCAUACAAGCGUAUUCAGUAUCCUAUUCUAUCUAGUCGCCCUACUUCACGACGUCUUGCGAGAUUCUUUUCUUGCAUCCGACCCAUCGAUAUUAUCUCUACUUCAGAUCGAGGUCACGAGCCCCUCUAUUACCACCCAUCCCACCAUGUCGCCUACCUAUACCAUGUCUGCACACCUGUGCAAACAAAUUCAGAAAUCGUUCCAGACGCGCCAGACUUCACCCGAGCCGCUAAGCCCAACCGCUACGUACCUACCGGCAUACUUGCGCCGGUCACCUUCGCCUCAGCCUGAGAAGCGCACCAGCGUAGAUAGUGAUCGCAGCGACACCAGCACUCACACCGUUUCGACAGGUUCAAGUUCAAAUUCAAGUUCAAGUUCAAGUUCCAGCUGGAGGUGGGGUGGUCGCUAAGUACUAAGUGCCAAGUGCCAAGUGCCGAAUUGGCCUAUGAUUACGAAGCAGUAGCGAGAAACAUUCGAGGAGAGGAGUGGAGAUAAUUGGCGAUGACGUACCGGCGAUUGGAGCGUCGAAUGGAAUUGAUACCCCUUUAUUAAACCGAGAUUUGGCGAACUUUCUUUCUACUAGCAACUGCAAUUAGCAGACCACCUAACGUACGACGGACGAAUAAAUGGCGCCAUCUAUUCUCCCCAUUACGCAACACACAGCAUGUUAGGUACCUAAGUCACGGACGAGACGAUACGGGACUAUAGCACGGAAAGCCAGCGUGAUGCUGUGUACAAUGCAUUGGUCGCGCAAAGCAGCCCAUUGCUUGGCUACUAUGUUAUGGAGGAUGCAGUUUUGCUAUCGCCUAGCCUUGGGAACUACCCGCAUUGGAUUUGGAGGUUAUGGAUAUUUCUUUAGGAGAGGAAGAUACCGUGAUGCAUUACGAGAAUGAAAUUACAUCCAAAGUGAUGUGAAGUCUGCAUUAUAAGCGAGUCUUGCCGCAGACCAGGUAUUAGGUUGGGGUUAUUAGGUUAGGAAGUGUAUAAAUGAGCUCUUCCCAUCAUUCAUAUGAAUACGUAAUUAUUGUUCCCA